UUGGCGUGUUCAGACGUGGUUGGGCCUCUGUUUCGGCCAGUUUCGAGGCGAGAAGUGCAGCGUCUGUGUUUGUUACACGUGUAAUCAUAGCAUUCCCCUGGUUGCGGUGGCUUCGCGGUGCAAUGGCAAAUUCCAAACCUAAAAAGAGGGGUCUGUGGCUGAAGGCGACAUGGCAAAGGGAGGAGAGGAGGAACGUCCUGCGCAAGUGGCAUGCCCCCUACCACCGAAUGGUACGAACGGUCUGGAGUUGAUACGGCACGGGAUCUGCUGUCCAUUCGGCAGGACCAGCUGGCUGUCCAGCGAGAACUGCUGGCCACACAGCAGGGUCUGCUGGCCACCCAGCAGCAGCAGCUGGCAGUUCAGCAGGAAAUGCUGCUCGUGCAGAGAGAGGCAGUCGAUGCACUCCGUCGACUUGCAAGCAUAUUUGAGCAGUCCGUGGACACAGGGGUGUUGCCCUCUGACCGGAAAAUUAGCUGUAGAGGGACAAGCAGCAGCAAGUGCGCACCAGUCGUCCGCACUGACUUCGCUAGUGCUUCAGCUCGUCGGUGUGCAGAAUCUCCAUCCGCCAGCCGAAUAAACGGCCAUUUUGUAAACUGUGGCUAGACCAAACAACAUCUGUGCCUCGAUGGGCUUCUCAAGCGUGGCACUGCUCCCCAUUGUAGCUCGCUGUGGCUCGCGUGUGGUGUCCGCAUUUGAAGACCAACUUUCCUUAACUGGUA